AUGCUUAAAGUAAAUGUUAAGCCUGCGUGCUUGCGAUGCCGUUCUCGCAAGUCAAAAUGUUUAGGUAGAUCAGAAGGCAACGAUUGUCAAGGCUGUGUAUCGGCUGGAGUUCAAUGUGAGAUAGUCCCCCACAGAAGGGGUAGGAAAGUCGGAACAAGAAGAGCCCAGUCGUUGCAUGAUGGGGAGAGCGACAUAGCGCCGAAUGCCAGACGUCCUGGCCACGAGAGAGUCCAACAUCCUCCACCGCAUUUGAUACGGCCUUACGCCCCUAUCGUCGCCCUUCCAUCUCCUACAUCCUCAAUUAGAGUUACGUCGCAAGAAUAUACCGAUAUAGGACCCUCGGUAAGACGCACAUCGUCUAUCGCAAGGAUUUUCUCGGAGAAAAGACAUGAGGAAAGAAUAGUGAGGCCUGGCAAUUUGCCGCUAUGGAGGGAAGAUCCUAUCAUUUGUGGGUAUAUCGAUGAGAAAAUGGCUAGGAGUUUGUUCCAUCUCUUCAUGCGAAAGAUCGCUCCGAAUGUUUACAUAUUUGACGAAAGUCUGCAUACAUACGAAUAUGUACAGCGGACAUCUUCGUUCUUGUUCUGCGCUAUUAUAGCGAUAGCGGCAAAAUUCUCGCCAGAACAGACGACCCUCACACUCAAGAAAUGUUCUGCCCUCGCCAAAGAUCAGAUAUUGAGAGUAUUCGCAGAUGACAUCAAGUCAGAGGAGACUGUUCAAGCAUUAUUUGUCCUGACCGAGUAUAAGGAAGCGGAUGAUGAGAACGCUUUUCUUCUGCUUGGUAUUGUAAGUUCAUCCCAAAGUCAACCCCCAGACGCCCAUUAG